AUGGCAAUGGAAAAAUAUAUUAUAUGCCUUGACAAGCCUAGUCAAAAAGAAAAAGCUCAAAAACCUGCUCAAGAAUCUGAUAUAUCGGAUAAUUCUGUUGUUACUCAACAGUCUGAGUUAACUAGUAAAAAGCUCAAGUUGGGACGACUUGCUAAACAAAGCUUACGUUUCAAUUCAGCAUGGCGAAAUCGAUAUCCAUGGCUUGAAGAUAAGAAAGUAGAUGAUGAAAUUCGAAUGUUUUGUACAUGGUGUCAAGAGAUUAAUGCUAAAAAUAUUUUUGCACAAGGAGGAUGCAAAGAUAUAAGGCAACAAAACUUGUUUAGUAGUUUUACAAUUCAAUAUGAAGAUACAAAAGCAAAAGCUUUGGCAAGCAUGCGUAAUAUAUAUUUUUUAUCUAAACACUAUUUAGCUCUUAAUAUUUUCCCUGAUCUUUGUAAUUUAGUAAAUUUUAUACAUUUGAAUUAUAAUGAAAUAACAUAUCAAAGACCACCUUGUAUUCUUAAUCCACCACAUCUUCAUUUAGAAAAUAAUAAUAAUUUUGAUUCUACUAAUGAAGAAAACUAUGCAACUUACCAAAAUCCUGUUGCUGGAAUAUCAACAUCUGAACUUCUACUAUUUGUAACACAAUAUGCAACAAAUAUGAUUACAAGUUUAAGAAACCGGUUUCCAGAUUCCAAUUUAUACCAUGCAUUAAGAAUUGUUGAUCCACAUAAAAUUCCAGCUGAACAACAUGCUUUAAAUAGUUUUGGACAAAAAGAAAUCAUAUUUUUAGGUAAUUAUUAUGACAAAGAUAUUGAGAGCGAAUAUGGUCUCCAAAAAUUAACAAAACUACAUUGUCUGAAGAAUGGAAUUUAG